UACAUAAACCCCGAGAUGAACCCUUUUCAGUCAUUGUCAAUCGCAUGUAAAAAAAUAAAAAUGAAACUUUUAGUGAUUAUUUUGACAGCUUACCUUUCCUUGGGAAAGUCAGCGGGCGAACCCUCUCCGACAAUCAUCCCCAGAGAAAAUGGACUCAGAGGUUCUGGCAUAACCACCAGAUAUUGGGACUGCUGCAAACCCUCUUGCUCAUGGGCUGACCUUGCCAACUACUCGAAAACCGGAAAGCCAGUAGCCUCUUGCUCGGUAGAUGGCGCCACCCAAAUAGACGCCGGCGCACAGUCAGGCUGCGCAGAAGACGGAUCUGGUGAAGCGUACACUUGCUCCAACCAACAACCCUUCAUAGUGAACUCGACUCUAGCCUAUGGCUUUGCAGCCGCCUCUUUUACGGGAGGUGAAGAUUACGGAUGGUGCUGCUCGUGCAUGCUGCUCUCUUUCCAGGGCCAACUGGCUGGCAAACAAUUGCUGGUGCAGGUGACCAACACCGGAAGCCCGUUGGCUGUCAAUCAGUUCGACAUCGAGAUUCCCGGAGGAGGCGUGGGUUUGUUUCCCCAUGGUUGUGCUGCGCAGUGGGGAGCUGAUCCGGAAUCGGGCUGGGGCGAGAGAUAUGGAGGGGUUAGUUCUGCGGAGGAGUGUAGUCAACUGCCGGAAUCUUUGCAGGAAGGAUGCCGUUGGAGGUUCGGGUUCAUGGAGGGGGCGUGGGUUUGUUUCCCCAUGGUUGUGCUGCGCAGUGGGGAGCUGAUCCGGAAAAGGGCUGGGGCGUGAGAUAUGGAGGGGUAGGUUCUGCGGAGGAAUGUAGUCAACUACCGGAAUCUUUGCAGGAAGGGUGCCGUUGGAGGUUCGGAUUCAUGGAGGGAGUUAGCAAUCCAGAUGUUACGUUUUAUCAAGUCGAAUGUCCAUCAGAACUGGUUGCUAUUUCCGGAUGUGAUUACUGAUGUUCAGAAGAAAUAUAAAAUGUUUUAAUAAAGCUUGAUUACCUGUCGAUCUUUGUUUUGAUAUCUAUAUAGUUAGGGUUGCCACCCGUCCUGCAUUCCGCGUGAUGUCCUGAAUUUGAGGUACUUCGUCCUGCGUCCUAUCGAGAUCACUUGCAGGACGCUAAAUGUCCUGAAUUUUGUGGCCUAUCGAGGUGACAUCAUCAACACGGUCUUAUGAAGCUUCUUAGCUAUGAGUGAAUAUUCAU